AUGAAAAAGCUUAAUCUUGGAAAGUUACGAUGUUCCACUGCUUCCUCGAGUAAAGGUUACCCCUCAAGUAGUAGAUCAUCCGCAAAGAACCAAUCUCAGGCCACGAUUUCUAGCUUCUUCAUCAACAAGUCAUGCUCAAAAGACGAGAACAAGGUCACGGCCAAAUCUGCCAAAUCAGCAGUCAAGGUAGGGUUCUACUACAACACAGUCCUGAAGGGAUUGUACUAAACUAACAAUUAGAAACAUUUACGUGAUGCUUUCAUUUCACCACGAGCUCCAGCCUGAUCACGCAUUGCUUCUCACUGAGGAUUUGCCCCCCCCUUCCCCCCCCCCCCCCCCCCACCGGGUUUCACAAAUACCGAAUCACCGUGGGAGUGUGUAUAUUUUGGUUUAUCCUUUUAUCACUGUAAAGAAGCGAUGGCUAUGUUGUCUCUCUUCCAUGCUUUUCACCCAGACAUCCGAAUGAGUACCAGAGUAACCCCUGCCCCAGUCUCCCCCCUGAAUAGGGUGCUCAUCUAAUUCAAUGUUUCAACUGUUACAGAGGGUCUACAGCUUAAGACCGUAUUUGUUCUUGGCUGCAAGUGCUCAAAUUGUAUGGACAGUCUUUCAUUAUUUUUCACGCGACAAAAUACAUACAUACUAGGAUUAGAGCUCGAGAAAACUUCUGCUGUUAGGGCUGUGUACAUGCAUUCUGUGCAGGCAGGCUAUGAGUUGGUGUCUGAGUGUGUCAGCUGUUUUAAGGUGUCUAUCAAAUCUAGCAUUUAUUAAGCCUAGUAUUGUUUAUUAAUUAAUAGAUUAUAAAUUAAAAGUCAAUGCAGUGUAGCAUAUAUAGGGAGUUGUUGCACAAUCUCCCCAGCUGGAGUUGGUUUUAUGGUGUCUGCAUCAUGGUAUUCAGUAUGCCGCUCCUAAAACAUAUACAUACAUUUUUAAUGGAGGAGCUGGUGACAGACACCCAUGACUUACGAUUCAUCAAUUUCUUUUGUUUUGAUCAGAGAACUGCUGCAAGCAUUUUACUACAUGAUGGUGAUGAUGGUGAUAGUCAGAAUAAUCAUAAGAAGCAGAGGUUUGAUACUGAACUACUCUCCACUCAGGAUGACAAGAGUCAUGAUCCUUUAACAUCAACAGAUAACGAAGUCAUAAGGCCUUCAACAAUGACCAAAUUAAGUUGUUUCAGAAAAGACUCAAAUGUAAAGGAUUCAUCUACAAAGACUGAACAUAGUAGAGCACAAAAUUCUAAAGAGUGUGUUGAUGACAAUAUGGAACUGGAUAAUGACAUGGACAGAACAAAUUUAAGCAGUGGUUGCAGUUUUAGUGGUGCCAAAAUGGAUGAUGUAAAAGACAUGGAUGUGAAGAAAACUGAAAAUCUUCAGAAAGUCAGGCCUAAUUUGGAGCAGUUUGCUUGUGCAUCACGUCCAGCUUCAUGUAAAACAAAACUUACAUCAACAGAGAAGAGUGAACCAAAUGGCUCAAAAACUUUUAACCUUAAACCAAAAUCAGCUUACACUCCACUAGAACUUCAGUUUGUAGAAGUAAAGUCUAACUACCCUGAUGUUAUUUUAUUUGUUGAAUGUGGCUACAGAUACAGAUUCUUUGGGGAAGAUGCAGAGGUAAUAAUGCAAUGUUUCCAACACACAUGUACAUGUAGUAUGGGCGGAGUUAGGGCGGGUUGGCUGAGUGGACUGUGGCCACCCCUUUUGCUGUGAAAUUUUGUAUUAUCUUUAAAGGAUUCUCAGUAAAAUAAAUAGUAUCUAUAUAAUUGCCAAGUGUCCCAUCCUCCCUUUCUGAAUUUUCUGGAUUCCCCCCAGUGUAGCUACUGAAUAUUUGCCCAAGGAGAUUCAAUAUCGCAAGCAAUGUACAUAAUUCUUUUUCUUCCAUGCCAAUGGAAUCAAUCAAUCAGAUCACACAUUUGUUGUUCUUUCAAUUAAAAGAAUUUUGUUUAAUCUGGGUCAAGAUCAUUGAAGUAUAUCAUAGUGUUUUCUUCAAACCAAAAUGAGCAACUUAUUGAAGCAUAGCAAAGUCAGAUUAAAUCUUGUCUUGCUAUUUAUUGUGUUUUGUUUAUACAAUGUAGAUAGCUGCCAAAGAGCUGAACAUCUUUUGUCACGUGGAUCAUAAUUUUCAAACUGCAAGCAUUCCAACUCAUAGACUUCAUGUCCAUGUUAAAAGGUACAUUAAUUAUUUUAAGCUUACUUGAAACUUUAACAUAUUUAUAAUAAUUAUGAAGAAAUAUCAGAAGAACCCUUAUUCAAAAGUUAAUGCAUGAUAUAAAUAUGUAACAAAUACAAAUUAUGCUUAUUAUUAAGUUAGACACCACCUUAAUCCAAUAGGCUUUAGAGAGCGCUGAGAUUUGUUUUUGUUUUGAGUUGCUUACACUUGUUAAUUUUCGAUGGUUUUAAUCUGAUUGAUUGUAUUUCUGAAGUGGCAGCUUCUCAUAUAGAAACUGAACAUUGGCGCACAGUUCAUCCAGACAGUGAGUGCAUAGUGGACUUUUUAUUUUACCCCUGUAGAUUGGUGAGUAAAGGUUAUAAAGUUGGAGUAGUGAAGCAAACAGAAACAGCAGCACUGAAGGCAGCUGGAGAAAAUAAAAGCAAAGUUUUUACAAGAAAAUUACAUGCACUCUACACAAAGACUACACUAGUUGGUGAAGGUAUCCUUUUUGCAAACUUGAACAGGACCUUUCACACUGACCACAUCAUAACUCGAAAAGGGACAAAAGACUAUUCAGUUUCUGGAUACUGUUCCAAAGGAGGAGUUGAAUCAGUGGUUCUCUGAGGCUUGGUUCAAAACAUUGCAUUUCACAUGUCCCUAAUUUAAUGCGUUAAAUAAGGAAAAACUUUUUUUUCUUUUCAUUUGCAUGAGAUUCGGCACAUGUCAAAUGCGAUAUUUGAACCAGACUUAAGUAACUCUAAAUCUUUGAAUGCCAGCUACUAUGCAUUAAGAUGGAAAAAUGUCUUUGAACUUAUUGAUCAAUCUGAUAAUAUACUUGUAAUAGUUUAAAUGCUGACCUUAAUGAUCUAAAGAUUUGAAAAUGCUGGAUGAUUUAGAGGAAACUCAGGAUUCUGUUGAGAUGGGAAGUGGCUAUCUCAUGUGUCUUGUUGAAACUAAUCUUAGUGAUAAGAAAACAAGUAGUGACAUGGUCAAAAGAACUUUUGGCUUAGUGGUAAGUAUCUUUGUAAUCAAAGUUCCUGUUGAUACUGUUCAACAUGAAAAGCUUUGCAAAUGUUUGUAUUGAAAUGAGAAAAGUCGGGCUUAAUUCACUGAUCAGAUGAAUGAAAUAUAUCCAGACAGCUGCCAAGAAGUGGGUUGUGCCAAGUUUAUCAAACCACAGAAUAAAACACUCCUUUGAGCUUCUUUUAUGAUCAGAAAAAUUCAAAGCAAAAGUUUACACGUUCAGAGUGCCAGUGAUUAUUUAGGGGAUUGUUCUGUUUACUAUGCAUAAAAUGAGUGUGAGAAAUGCCUUUCAAAAAACCGAUUCCAAGAUAAUUUAGUUUCAGUUCAACUGCUAUUUAAAGAAAGUAAAUUUUCUCUAAAGUUACUGUAUGUAGCCAAUUUGCUCACUAGUGAUACUUAUUUUCUCCAGGCAGUUCAGCCGUCAACAGGUGAUAUUAUAUAUGAUGAAUUUGAAGAUGGACCAGGUUUCACUGAACUGGAAACACAUUUUGAGCACAUCAGUCCAGAAGAACUACUGCUUCCAUAUUCUGUUUCUGAAUCAACAAACACAUUUAUUAAAGAAUAUGUCACAAGGCUGCAAAGGUCAGUUUAUUUAUAUGUAUAGUUUUAUUUUUAGCUUUUGUGUAAAAUUGAAUUACAGGUAACUCCAUUCCAACUUUUAGUGUCAAUGUACAUACAGCAUAAAGUACUAGAAUAUUAUUCAGGGCACUGUUCUUGUAGUGCGAAGAAAAUAAUUAAGACACCACCCCACCUCCCCCCUUCCCAAAGAAACAUGACUUGUGUGAUUGUAGUGCAAGUAGGAAUCAUGGGAAAUAAAAAGCAUCAGCUUACAUGUAUGUUUCUGUGGGUGUGUCUCUCCUGUUUGUCCUGCUUGUUGUUUGUUAUAUCGCUACCCUGGUUACAUUUUCAUGCCUGCCACUAGAGAUGUAGGGAUCCCCUUUUUCAUGGUCAUUCAUGCUACUCAAAGGUCUAGUUGACUGUAAAACAAAGGCAGUGCCUUUCUCAUGACACAGAACCAUAGUUUUGAUCCCUGUAUGACCAUUGCAGCUCUUUAUAAAUUUAAAUAUUUCUAAUUCAUUUUUUUGCUAUAAUUGUGUUGUUACAGACCAGAAGAUAGCAUCAGACUAGAACGAAUGGCUGAUCAAUUGUAUGAAGAAUCUGCUGUUCUGAAGCAGAUCACUGAAUUCUAUGACCAGCAUAUGUCUGAGAGAAAUCACCAGUUAUGUAAACUGAACAUUGAAAGGGAAUCACCCUUAAAUGCUGACCAGGAAACUUCUACAGCCUUGGAAGUACUCUUGAAUUUGCCAAAAUCAGUGCAGAUGUGUUUUGCUGCACUUAUCCAAUACCUCCAAGACUUCAAACUGGAAAAGAUUCUCAGAUUAACAAGGUGCUCAUGCAACUAAUGCAAUACGUUUUGUUGAUUUUGUAGAAUGUGUCAUAUAGCUUGCCUUGUAUGCUUGACUGCUUGUAAGGCAAGCUACCUGUAAAAUCAAAUGUCACAUGAAGCUUGCCUUGUUUAUAACCUACUCCACAUUGUUCAAAAUUGUUGCACAAAAAUGGACAUAAAUGUAUCACCAGCCUAUUCACAGUAUUAACAGAUAAUGGAUGGGGGUAAUGGGUUGUAGAUGCAGGUUUCUCAUAUGAUUAUGUUUUGAAGCAGACAGCUAGGAUGUAAAAGUAGGUGGCUUAGCAGGCGAUUGGUGAAGGAAAUUUUAGGCUUUCAUCCUCUCCCAUAACCAUUUUUCCCCAAAGAGUAGGCAGCUCAAAUUUUGAAGUAGGCGCAUUUUUAGCUGUGUUCUAGCACAUAAAGAGAACUCUGGGGACAGGAAAGGGUGGAGCUGGUCAUGUAUGGGUUUUAAACGCCCUUAAAAAAUUAAUGUCAAUCCUGGCUUAAACGUGACUUUGAUUUUGAAGUCAGGUUCUUUUAUAACGUGAUUAUUAUUUGUAUGCACAAAGUAGAAAUUAGCAUCAAGUCAAUAACCCUUUGUCAUGACAUACUCAUGAUCCCCUCAAAGGGUGCCUGAAGUUUAGCUGCCUCCUCAAGUAACACAUUCUUGAGAGAGGGGAGCUAUGAUCCUGGAUCAUGUCAAGUUUAUUCAUUUUUAUUGAAUAUAUUUCUUCUAUCCUAUGCAAUGUAACAUGUAUGUUUCCAUAUUCCAAAUUUUAUAGUAACUUUUCCAAAUUCUCCAUUCAAAACAAGUUUGUCAAACUCAGUGGCCAAACUCUAAGGAACCUGGAAAUAUUUAAGAAUCAGGUAUGUACGUGCAAGUUAACUGAUGUGAGUAAAACCUAACAUUUUGGUGACAUCUAAAGUCCUUUCUUCGACAAAGAAGUAAACCUUGCGUAGAAGCUAUUGAAAUUGUUGUUGUUGCUUUUUUAGGGCUUGUCUUGAAUUUGUUUUGGUUCUUUCUGAUCUUAGACAAAUGGAAGCGAAAAGUCUUCAUUAUUUUGGGUUAUUAACCACACUACAACUGCGUUUGGCCGAAGGCUGUUGAAGAAAUGGAUUUCACGACCGCUUCGUACAGUCAGGUAUCUUUUCAAAUCUUGAGAAUUUUUAUUCCAGACAUGGUUCAAUUGAUACAAUUAAAAUUUGAAGUAAACACUUGCACGUUCAGCUGCCGUCAAGCGCGAGUAAAUAUACCCAGGAAAGUGUCUACUGGAUUUACUUUUCCUCUUGAUUGGUCAAGAAUCUGGCAAGAAAUUUUUGAGCUUAUUAUCGCCGGAGUGCGAAAUAUACAUACGUAAAAGAAGAUUAUAAAAAAAGUCUUAAAGUUUCUGUCUUCACUCAACUUAAAAAACGCUCCAACAAGAUAUUACAACAAAUGCUACUUUAUUGGUGCCUUUAGUGAAUGGAUCUGAAGAGUAGCUUUGCGGUCGUUUUCCUUUUGCGACUGCUCGGGAACUUUUGCUGCGCUUGGUCUUCGCCCCGCCAGCCCAUAUGAAUCCUGAUUUGUUCAUUCGCGUAGGUUCUGUACCCCUCUUUUGUGUGUACGAAAAUAAGUGGCAAAAACCACUCAAAGUAAAAACUAUUGUUUGGUUACUUCAUAAACCAUCACUAAGUGUGUUUUAGCUUUGGCUUUUUUCUCGAUGUUACGGCUUUUCAAUGUUCAGUAAUUAAAACGCUUUUGGCUUUUAUUAUUAGCGCGAUUGAAGAGAGGUUGAGUGCGGUCACAGAAUUGUGCAGCCCAAAUGCAUCAUGUCUGUCGCAUGUGAAGGGCUUGUUAUCUCAGCUUCCUGAUUUAGAGCGAGGUCUCUGCACCAUCUUCCACAAAAAGGUUAGUUUGAUAAAACAUGUGCCGACUUCCUGCCAGGAUCGCUGUUAAUUCAUUUAGUCCGCUGUAGCUGCCCUCUACGUUUUUCUUAGUCUUUGAAAGAUAUUUGCUAUGACCAUUUUGAUGAUAGUCACUAAACAUACUUUGGUUCAUGAAAUUUUUUGCUGUUGUUUUAGAGAUCUUUGUCUUUAAAGGUGAAUUUAGGUAUGGUACAUUAACUGUUAACAUUACGUAUUAAACGAGAAGGUUACUACACUGGACUGUUGCAGCUUUAAACAGUUAUUAUAUCACAAGCUACUUAACUCUGUAGCAACAUAGAUCAAAAAUCAGGCACGUCCAGCAAUAUUAGCCCUUGACUUAGUAUUUUUAACAUUUGAAAUCUUCAGCGUUUAGUCUCGCACUUAAUGAAGUCAAUGAUUUCGUUUGUUUUUCUUAAUUUCAGUGCACACCAGCAGAGUUUGUAACGAUAACAAAAUCACUCGUUAAUCUGGCCAAACAUCUUCAAUCAAAUCAGCAAGUUGCUACCACUAAACUAGAAUCGCCGUUAUUAAGAAGUAUCUUCGCGGAGGUAUAUGGACUAUUAAUUUUGUAUGUUUAAUAAACACUGCUGCUCUGAGAUGAUUCUCGAUUAACAAGUCAUGCUCUAAAAAUGUUUUUAAGACAUGGAAUUUUGUGCAGUGAUCCUAUAUGCAGUUUAAUCGGUUUGCUGAAGGCGCUAGUUUCUUUGCGUUUUAGUACCAUAAACGUUUCUAAUAAAUAAUAUUGCGUACUUAUUGAUUAAGGCAAGUGUCAAGAUUUUUUUAGCCUGCGUGGCAGGCGUUCGAAAGGGAAGGGGAAGGAAUUAGGGCGCGAGAGCCACGCAGGCUAAGAUCAGUUUGUUUUUCUCGUUGCAGGUUCCAAAUUACUUGAAUGAUGUUGGCGAUUUCUUGAAGCUAGUAAAUGAAAAGGCUGCUAAGUAAUGAACAUUUGUUUUUGUCAUUGUUUCGUUUACUUACAGUGUAUUGGAUCGGUUCCAGUUGUGUGUGGAAAGAAAUUUUGCGAUUGCUGUAGUUUCCCACCCCAAUGUUUUUUAAUAAUUAUUGACUCAAAUAAACAUCACUCUCAGCCUCUUUUUCAAAGCAGCAAGUCCUGGUGCUUAUCCUUUCGUAUGAAAAUAAGUCCUCAUUCGAGUACAAUGUGGAUGGCUAUGCACCAAGCCUGGUUUUGAAAAAGAGACUUGAGACGACUAGGAGAUUAGCUGUUAAACCACACCGUUCCAUCGUUAAAGUUGCUAUCGUGAAUUGUUUUUGUGAGUUGAGACUGGGAGAUACGAAACACUCGAUAUAUUAUAGUGAGUAAUAAUUCCAAUUUAUUAAACCAUCGACUUUUGUUUGUGAUAGGGAAGGUGACAAAACAAGAUUGUUUGAUGACCUGACACAGUUCCCUGAAAUCAUGAAAUGCAAUCUGGUAAGGCCUUGACAGAAUAUGUAGAAUGCGUCAUUUUUUUUUUCUUGUUUAUUUCCCCACACUACAGCGAUCCAAGAAUUCUGCUGUUUCCUUUAACUUAAAGCGCGCGCGUAAAGGACAACGAGGAGGUAAACUGAGCAAGGAGAGACCCUCUUCGUCAGCUGUUUUCCUUCUCACCCUGGUGCGAUGCGCUUCACUCGUUUCCAUUCUCUAAAAAAUGAUGUGUUUCGCGUCAUCUGGCGCAAUCUCCUUUUCAGUGGCUGAAAGCCCACCACUUGACCUGCAAAUAACUGCCUACAGAUGAUGGUCUGCUCAUGCGCGUUCGUCCACUAACUGAGUUUGGCUGCAAAUAAUAUUCUGCUUAUGCGUACAUGAAGCCACGCUUUUCUUCUUUUUUCGAUCGCUCUUGCGUGAAAAUGGCAGAUCGCUUCACUUAAAGAAGAUAUUCAUUAAAAACAAACUCGGUGAUCGAAUGAUGAAACAAUUAUUGAACUCGGCUAUCGCAAAGUAUUUUAAUUUGUCAGUCUCUCUGCUCACCACUGACAAAUCACGAUAUUUUCCUCAACCUCGUUCAAUAAUAUUGUUAAUUAGUCUCGUUCAUUACAUUGCGGCCUUGUAAAGUUCGACGUUUGAGCCUGGCUAAAGUCCAGCCCUUUUCGCCUUGUUUGUUUGAGACUAACUGUGAUGUAAAUGUUUGCAUGCAUCUUUGUUUGGCGCAUAGGAAAUUGACAGGAUUAUCGCAGAGUUGAAAAGCCAUCGAUCUGAAUUCAGACAAGUUUUACGCCAUCCAUCACUGGACUACUGUUGUGUUUCAGGAAAUGAGGUAUCAGAGAAGUUUAGGAAGAAGGACUGGAUCAUUUUUAUUGUAGGUAGUGUCGACCGAUCUAUCGAUCGAUAUAGCGGUCGAUAGUCGGUCGACACUCGGUCGAUAGUCGGUCGAGACUCGGUCGAUAGUCAGUCGAGCGUGGGAUAGACUAUCGGCCGAGUAUCAGUCGAUAUUUCGACGACGCACCUCGACCGACUAUCGGUCAUAUGUCGGUGAUAUAUCGGUCGAAUAUCAGUCGCGUGUUAAUUUAGUUUGCUGAAAAAGAAGUAAAUUUAGAUAGCCGCAUUCUACUGUAUUGAAAUAGUUCAUGAAUCAGAUUGUAAAUCUGAGUAUUUCCCUUAAACCAUUUGUAUUUGAGAAAAACCAGGCAAUAUGUAAUAUGAUUUUGGUGUAUAAUAUAAAUUUUUCUCACAAAGAGCUGCAGUAUAGAUGUUUUUCUUCCGUUUUGUUCAUUUUGAAUGUCACUACAUCUUUUUCAGUUUUUAAUUGAGGUUAGAAAUGCAAAUUUGAGGAUGGUGCCUUCUGACUGGAUUAAAAUCAGCGCGUAAGUAUAGUUAGUUAUGUUUUGCAUCUUACUACGCGCGAAAACCUGUUUGUUCUUUUACAAUGCGAAUGAUGAGCAAAUACAAAUAACUUUUUAAUCAACGUUGGAAGUUCCUUAAAUUGUGGCAGGCUUGCAUUGCAGGGUAGGAAUUCGUCUAAAAAUGAGGUCUUCUUAGGAAGAUGAGAUGAAAGUUGACGUGUUUCUAUAAAGGAAACAGUAAACUGUAGUCUCGAGUCUUGACCAAUCUCGAGCAAAAAUAAUAGAGCUUUCGGCGGCAACGGCGGCCUUGACCACUAUAAUUAUGUAAGCACGGUGACGUGGUUCUGAAGGCAAAAGUUGGCCGGUUUGGGACAUUGUGUCUCAGGGCCCUUUAACACGUGACAUGAUUAGAUUUCUCCAAUUGCAAGGUAAUUGGAAUUUUAGCACUAUCCCAGUUCAGGCAUGGCGGCCUUAUUCAGCCCCCCACCCCCCCCCCCCGUACAUAGCCCUCUUGUACUAGUCACCCACCCCCUGCUGAAGAUUGCUCCAGUUCCUCAACAGACAGUUCAUGUAAUCUUUUUUUUCGUAGAAUAAGUCUUUUCACGCAUUCCUCAUUAACUUCUUACUUUUUGAAUAGUUUGUUUGGUCUUUGAUUGCGCGGCAAUGGAUCAUUCAUGUUUUUGUAUCUACCAGCACUAAACAAGUAUCGCGAUUCAGAACGCCUUUUGUUGAAGAAAAGUUCAAGAUCCUAUGUCAAUGGAGGGAACAGCUGUCCAUUGCAGCUCAGGAGGCGUGGUUGGAAUUUUUAGCGCUAUUCUCAGAGGGAUGUUCCAGAUAUCGGUGGGCUGUUCAUUGUAUCGCCACUCUCGACUGUCUGUUUUCUCUGGCUGCUGUUGCUAAGCAACCAGGUUUUGUGAGGUAAGGUGAUCUAAAGACCAACCAACCAAUCGAGUUUUAUUUACCAGUAAAGCAACCGUACACUACAGUACCGUUUACCGGUGGAGAUCACGCGCGUCUUUUUUUCGCUUGGUUUGUUUUAUUUUCGCGACGUCCCUAGGCCUACUAUCUGAGAGCUUAGCACAGGCCACAAGAAAAGCGACGAGAUAAAGGAACUGUGAGGUUUCACUAUAAAAAAAAACUAAGUUUAUCCCUUGUUUUGGUCAUGCUUCUGAAAUUUAUUUCAUUUUCUAUGUUCUUCAGGUUAACUUUUUUUUGUGUCGUUGCAGGCCGUUUGUGAGGGACUGCGAAUCUCAUAUUUAUAUCAAACAAGGACGACACCCCGUGAUAGAUAAUCUUUUGCCCGAAAACGAGCAGUUUGUACCAAAUGAUACAGACAUGAAUGUAAGUCAAUAAUAUUUAACGUGGCUCUAACGUGGUUUGUUGUCUGUGAAGCAGAGUCUUGUGAUAUUGAAAACUCCUUGAUAUCCGCGGAGCCAACAAUUCCGGUACGAACCAGGGCCAGGGUUUGAAUUUUUUCAUCUUCAUAGCAUUCAUUUACUUAGGCAGGUUGGCGAUGUACUGAUUGAACGCCGGGUAAUCUCAAGUGCAUGAGUUCCGUCUUGGUUAUUAGACGUAACUGUUAAGCGACAUAUUACUACGGACCUAAAAUAAGAUACCCCGCCUUUCUGCCUACGCGUGCAUGGGUAGGGACAUGUCUCUCCUGACAGUGUGUUAAUAUAUAGUCAAGGGGACCAUGUUUUCCUAAUCAUUGUAUUUAACAAUUAUUCCUCGAGCCCGAAUGGGCUCUGAGUCAAUACGGGCUAUUGACUCAGAGGCCAGAAGGGCGAGAGGAAUAAUUGUUUUAGUAAAAUCCAACUAGUUGGUCAAAAAUAUUGAGAAUAAAAAAAAUUUAGCUAGUUCAAGCUAGACUUUAACCUUUUUUUGCCGCCAAAAAGCCCGCGCUUUUUGCUACUAAUGGGCUAUAACAUGUAGCCUAGUAGUAGCUCAACCAAUCAGAACACAGCAUUGAUAAUAGACCGCUAGUUGGAUUUUACUAAUAAAUAUUAUCACUCUACCAGGUAGCCUUCAACAUGCACAAACCGUUUUUCCCCGGCAGGAGGAGGUUUAGCCGCCUUUACGGUUACUGUACGAGUAAUUUACUACACUACCUGUACACCGGAAAAGGUUUAUCUCCAAAGAAUAAUUACAGUAGUUUCACUUAUUUUCAGGUAAAUGAUAAUCGUUGUAUGAUAAUUACUGGACCAAACAUGGGUGGAAAGAGCUCUUAUAUCAAACAAGUAAGCAUAAAUUCAGUUUUCUUUAGCUCUUUUCCUUUUCAACGUUUACUGUCACUUGUGGCGAACUGCAAGGCAAUCUAAUGGCUGGAUAGUACUUGAAAUAAUCUUGUUCUACUGAAGCGAGCGCCACCAAACAAUUUCACGAACGUCGUACAUGUAAAAGUAAUGAAAGAACGAACGAAAAAACGAAAAACAGAGCGAGGGAGCGAGCUCGAGUUCGCGUGCAGCUUCACCACCCAUAUACCUGACAACAUGUGAUAAGGUAGUAAGUGCUGUUGUAGAAAACGCUUUUUAAUUAGAAUUGAAACCUGACUGACCCUACCCCACACAGGUUGCCUUGAUUGUAAUUCUGGCCCAGACCGGCUCUUAUGUUCCAGCCGAGGAGGCGAAAGUUGGAGUUUUGGACGCGGUUUUUACCAGGUAUUAUCAUUACAAAUAAUAGGGAAAAAAUGAAAGGCUCAAAUUUACCUCACAUUCAUAUUUUAUUCGUGUAUGGAUUUGUUAGUUCUUUUUGUUGCGAUUUUAAUGACAAUUGAUAGGUAGAACUCUACUGUUAGGAGUUAUUCUUCAAUAGUGUUUGAAAUAGUUGUCACUGCAUGCUUUACAGGAUGGGAGCUUCAGACAACAUUUACAAAGGGCAGAGCACGUUUAUGGUCGAACUUCAGGUACUUACAUACAUUUCAGCUUACUUUAACUAAAAUCGUCAAGAGAAACAACGAACUGUUGGGUCUUGCCAAACCUGACAAAAGGUUGCACCAGUCCUCCUACUGUAGUUUUGAGGUGAAGGUGAAUAGUUCUUGAGUUUUAUUAAUAAUUAUCGCGUCGUUACUUUGCGGUCGUAAGAUGUUUUCGAGUCAUGUUUUGGCAAACUAACAAUAAAGUAGAAGACUUGUUGCUGAGAAUGCUAGCUGAUUGUAAACUUAAUUCUCUUCCGUUUUAGGAAACAUCGGACAUUAUUGCCCAGGCCACUCCAAAGUCACUGGUUAUCUUGGAUGAGUUGGGCCGGGGUACUAGUACCCAUGAUGGUACGGCCAUUGCUUAUGCUACGCUGCAUCACUUUAUUAGUAAGGUAUGUGUUCUAGACUUAAAAAUUCCGUGUUUCCAUAUUCUAGACUGAAACAGCAGUUGGGAACGCAAUAUCUUGCUGAAAUUGUAUGCCGAUCUCAUCUGGGAGAGGCCAGGAGACGCUCUAUCAAAAGCUAUCCAUUACUCAGUCUAGUGUACAAGAGAUAAACCGGAUCUUCUUCGUGCAAGUCAAAAGAUCGUUGUACCCUUUGUUCCCCCUGGUUACCCCUCUUACCCCUUGUUACCCUUUGUUCCCCUUGUUACCCCUCUUACCCCUUGUUACCCUUCAUACCCCCUUGUUACCCCUUGUUUCCCUUUGUUACCCCUGUUACCCUUUGUUCCCCCUGUUACCCCCCUGUUACCCUUUGUUCCCCCUUGUUACCCCUCUUACCCCUUGUCACCCUUUGUUCCCCCUUGUUACCCCUCUUACCCCUUGUUACCCUUUGUACCCCCUUGUUACCCCUUGUUUCCCUUUGUUACCCCUGUUACCCUUUGUUACCCCUUGUUAUCCUUUGUUCCCCUUGUUACCCCUUGUUUCCCCUGUUACCCCUUUUUACCCUUUGUUGCUCCUUGUUACCCCUGUUACCCCUUGUUAACCCUGUUACCCUUGUUACCCUUUGUUACCCCUUGUUAUCCCUGUUACCCCUUGUUACCCCUGUUACCCCUUGUUACCCCUAUUCGCCUUGUCACCCCUGUUACCCCUUGUUACUCUUUUUGUUACCCCUGUUACCCCAUGUUUCUCCUGUUACCCCUUGUUACGCCUGUUCCUCUUCUUACCCGUUACCCCUUGUUACUCCUGUUUCGUUGUUACCGCUGUUACCCCUUGUUACCCCUUUACACCUUGUUACCUCUUGUUCCCCUUGUUACCCCUAUUAGUCCUUGUUAUCCCUUGUUCCCCCUUGUCCCCCUUGUUACUCAUGUUGCCCUUUGUUCCCCCUUGUUCCCCCUGUUACCCAUUGUUAAUUCUUGUUACCCUUGUUACCCUUAUUACCCCAUUUUACCCCUGUUAUCCCUGUUACCCCUUGUUCCCCCUGUCCCCCUUGUUACCCCUUGUUUCCCCCUUUACCCCUUGUUACCCUUUGUUACCCCUUGUUACCCUUGUUACUCUUUGUUACCUCUGAUACCCUUUUUACCCCUUCUUACCUCUGUUACCCCUUGUUCCUUCUUGUUACCCCUGUUACCCGUUGUUACCCCUUGUUUCCCCUGUUACUGUUGUAACCCCUCUUACCCUUUGUUACCCCUUGUUACUCCUCUUAUGCGUUGUCACCCCUCUUUUCCUUGUUACCCUUGUUACCCUUUGUUACCUCUGAUACCCUUUUUACCCCUUCUUACCUCUGUUACCCCUUGUUCCCUCUUGUUACCCUUGUUACCCUUUGUUACCCCUUGUUACAUACAUACAUACAUACAUACAUACUUUAUUGGCUCGUCCCCACGGGGCUUUUCAGAGUCAAUUUUACAUUACAAAAUUAUAAACCAAGUACAUGACAAUAAGAAUAUAACAAUGAUAAAAGAAGACAAAGGUCAAUAAAAUUAAUUAAAUUAAUUAAAUAAAGCAGUCAUUAAGAAGCUUUUGCCUGAGUAAACACUUGAAUUCCGUCAUGGAUGGGCUAAGUUUGAGCGCAGGCUGCAACUCAUUCCAGAGAGAGGUUGCUCUAUAUUGAAAGGUCCUUUGGCCGCUGGCAGUGCGGAAGAGUGGUAUGUUCAAAAGUUGAGAAUUUUCGUAUUCCUUGUCGAGACGGCGGAUCUUCCAACGAGCUUUGAUGUCAAAUACGCCGGAGCACAACUCGUCAUGCACUUAAAAACCAGAACAGCAAAACGAAAAUAAAGUUGUUGCCUGAUUGGUAGCCAGCGCAAGUCUUUUAGCAAAGGAGUUAUGUGAUCGAAUUUUUAGCGCCCUCAAAAAAAUACGACAAAGCGAAAUUCUGUACUGCUUGGAGCCUGUCCAGAUUAGUUUGAGUAGUAUUGCUCCAAACAGAAGAGCAAUAGAAUAAUUUACUAAAUACUAAGGCAUUUAUAAUAAUAAUUAGCGCGUGUUUAUUAAAAAUAUGCUUAGCGCGGUUAAUUUGGCCCAAACGUGACAUGCAUGAGGAUACAGUAGAAACAAUAUGCUCAUUAUAAGUUAAGUUAGAGUCCAGUGUGACACCAAGGUCUCUUGCAGCCUUAACAGGCUCGAGUUCCUUCCCCAACAGAAAUAGCCUAAAGUCGCUAACCUUAGCAGUCAUUUGCCGGCUGCCGAAUAUCACUAGUUUUGUUUUAUCUGGGUUGAGUAAAAGCUGAUUAUCAAAGCACCAAUUCCUAAUGCUUAACAAGUCCUUGUUCAUUUUUUCUAUCGUUUCGUGCUGAUCGCGGAGUUGAAAUGACAUGAGAAGUUUGGUAUCGUCGACGUAACACUGCGAUGUACAAUUUUCUGGCACUGUUACCUCUUGUUUCCGCUGUUCCCCUUGUUACCCCUUGUUCCCCUUUGUUACCCCUGUUCCCCUUGUUACCCCUGUUUACCCUUGUUACCCUUUGUUACCCCUUGUUACCCCUAUUACCCCUUGUUACCCCUUGUUGCCCUUUGUUACCCCUCUUACCCCUUGUUACCCUUUGUUACCCCUCUUACCCCUUGUUACCCUUUGUUACCCCUUGUUAUCCUUGUUACCCCAUGUUACCCAUGUUACCCCUUGUUACCCUUUGCUCCCCCUUGUUACCCCUGUUAGCCCUUGUUACCCCUGUUACCCUUUGUUACCCCUUGAUACCCCUCUUACCCCUUGUUACCCUUUCUUCCCCCUUGUUUCCCCUGUUAACCCUUGUUACACCUGUUACCCCUGAUCCCCUUCUUACCCCUGUCACAUCUGUUACCGCUUGUUACCCAUUGUUCCCUCUUGUUACCCUCUUUACCCGUUGUUACCCCUUGCUUGCCCUGUUACCCCUUGUUACCCUUUGUUACCCCUUGUUACCCCUGUUACCCCUUGUUCCCCUUGUCACCCAUGUUACCCCUUUUUAGCCUUUGUUACCCCUUGUUACCCUGUUACACCUUGUUACCCCUCUUACUCCUGUUAACCAUUGUUACCCCUUGUUACAAUGGUAACAAGGGGUAACAGGGGUAAUAAGGGGUAAGAAAGGGUAACAAGGGGUAACAGGGGAAACAAAGAGUAACAACGGGUAAAAGGGGUAACAAGAGGGAACAAUGGGUAACAAGGGGUAACAGAUAUAACAAGGGUAAGAAGGGAAUCAGGGGUAACAAGGGGUAAGAAAGGGUAACAAGGGGUAACAGGGGAAACAAAGGGGGAACAAGUGGUAACAAGGGGUAACAAAGGGUAACAAGGGGUAGCAGGGGUAACAAGGGGUAACAGGGGUAAGAAGGGGUAACAAAGGGUAACAAGGGGUAACAAAGGGUAACAAGGGGUAACAAAGGGUAACAAGGGGUAGCAGGGUUAACAAGGGGUAACAAGGGGUAACAGGGGUAAUAAGGGGUAACAAAGGGUAACAGGGGGUAACAAAGGGUAACAGGGGUAACAAAGGGUAACAAGCGGUAACAAGGGGUAACAGGAGUAAGAAGUGGUAACAAAGGGUAACAAGGGGUAACAAGGGGUAACAAGGGGUAACAGGGGUAAUAAGGGGUAACAGAGGGUAACAGGGGGUAACAAAGGGUAACAGGGGUAACAAGGGGUAACAAAGGGUAACAAGCGGUAACAGGGGUAACAAGGGGUAACAGGGGUAAGAAGUGGUAACAAAGGGUAAAAAGGGGUAACAAGGGGUGACAAAGGGUAACAAGGGGUAACAGGGGUAAAAAGGGGUAACAGGGGUAACAAAGGGUAACAAGGGGUAACAAAGGGUAACAAGGGGUAACAAAGGGUAACAAGGGGUAACAAGGGGAACAGGGGUAACAAGGGGUAACAGGGGGUACCAAUGGGUAACAAGUGGUAACAAGGGGUGACAAAGGGUAACAAGGGGUAACAAAGGGUAACAAGGGGUAACAAGAGGAAAAGGGGUAACAAGGGGUAACAGGGGUAACAAAAAGGGUAACAAGGGGUAACAGAAGUAAGAAGGGGUAACAAACAAGGGGUAACAGGGGUAACAAAAAAGGUAAAAAGGGGUAACAAAGGGUAACAAGGGGUAACGAGGGGUAACAGGGGUAACAAGUGUUAACAGGGGGUGACAAGGGGUUACAGGGGUAACAAGGGGUAACAAAGGGUAACAAGGGGUAACAGGGAUAACAAGAGGAACAGGGGUAACAAGGGGUAACAGGGGUGACAAAAAGGGGACCAAGGGGUAACAUGGGUAACAAAAAGGGUAACAGAAGUAAGAAGGGGUAACAAACAAGGGGUAACAAGGGGUAACAGAGGUAACGGGGGUAACAAGUUGUAACAGAGGUAACUUGAGUAACAAGGGUAACAAGGGGUAACAGGGGUAACAACAGGUAACAAAGGGUAACAAGGGGUAAAAACGGGUAAUCAAAGGGGUAACAAAGGGUAACAAGGGGAACAGGGGUAACAAGGGGAACAGGCGUAACAAGGGGUAACAAGGGGUAACAGAAAGGGUAAGAAGGGGUAUCAGGGGUAACAGGGGUAACAGGGGUACUAAAGGGUAACAAUGGGUAACAAGGGCUAACAGGGUAACAAGGGGUAACAAAGGGUAACAAGGGGUAACAAGGGGUAACAAAGGGUCACAAGGGUAACAGGGGUAACAAGUUGUAACAGGGGUCACAAGGGGAACAAUGGGUAACAGGGGUAACAAGGGGAACAGGGGUAACAGGGGUAAGUAAGGGUAACAAGGGGUAACAAGGGUAACAGGGGUAAGAAGUUGUAACAGGGGUAACAAGCAUUAACAAGGGGUAAUAGGGGUAACAAAAAGGGUAACAAGGGGUAACAGAGGUAAGAAGGGGUAACAAGGGGUAACAGGGGUAACAAAAACGGUAACAAGGGGCAUCCGGGGUAACAAAGGGUGACAAGGGGUAACAGGGGGUAACAGAGGUAACAAAGGGUGACAAGGGGUAAGAGAGGUAACAAGGGGAACAGGGGUAAGAGGGGUAACAAGAGGUAACUGGGGUAACAAGGGUUAACAAAGGGUAAAAAGGGGUAACAGGGGUAACAAGGGUAAUAGGGGUAUCAAGGGGUAACAAAGGGUAAAAAGGGGUAAUAGGGGGAACAAGGGGGAACAAAGGGUAACAGGGGUAACAAGGGGUAACAGGGGUAACAAGGCGGAACAAAGGGUAACAAGGGGAACAGGGGUAACAAGGGGGACAGGGGUAACAAGGGGUAACAAAGGGUAACACAGGUUAACAGGGGUAACAAGGGGAACAGUGGUAACAAGGGGUAACAAGGGCUAACAGGGGGUAACAAGGUGUAAAAAGGGGUAACAGAGGUAACAAGGGGUAACAGGGGUAUGAAGGGUAACAGGGGUAAGAAUGGGUAACAGAGGUAACAAGGAGUAAUAAAGCGUAACAACGGGUAUCAGGAGAAACAAGGGGUAACAACGGGUAACCGGGGUAAUCAGGGGAACAAGGGGUAACAGGGGUAGGAAGGGGUAACAGGGUUAUCAAGGGGUAACAAAGGGUAACAAGUGGUAACUGGGGUAACAAGGGAAACAGGGGUAACAAGGCGUAACAAAGGGUAACAACGGGGAACAGGGGAAACAAGGGGGAACUGUGGGUAACAAGGGGUUACAGGGGGAACAAGGGGUAACGGGGGAAACAAGGAGUAACAAAGGGGAACAAAGGGUAACAAGGGGUAACAGGGGUGACAAGGGGAACAGGGGUAACAAGGGGUAACAGGGGUGACAAGGGGAACAGGGGUAACAAGGGGUAACAAAGGGUAACAAGGGUUCACAAGGGGUAAGAAGUGUAACAAUGGGGAACAGAGGGUAACAGGGAUAACUAGGGUAACCCAGGGAAAAAAGGGCUCACAAGGGUAAUGAGGGAACAGGGGGAACUUAAAUCUUAAAUUAUCUGUUAGGGUAUUCACCGCUGGUAUUUGGUUAUUUUCCUCGCCACGGCAGCGAACAGAUGAUGGGGACCGGCUGCUCUCUUAAGUAUUCAAAAACUAUUUCGUUAAUUUUUUUUUGUCACCGAUAGGUGUCCAGCCUGACUCUAUUUGUAACACACUAUCCGUCACUGGCCGAGCUAGAAGUAGCUUUUCCAAAGCACGUUACCAACAAUCAUAUGGCCUUUAUGACGUCGCAAGAGCAACAGAGUGACCAACAGUGCCUUGAGGGAGGGGAAGGAGAGUCUAUACCUUCAGUCACUUUCUUGUAUCACGUGGUAAAUGGCGCUGCUGGGAGAAGCUAUGGGUUAAAUGUGGCACGUCUGGCAGGAAUUCCAAGUGAAAUCCUUAACACCGCCGCCAAAAAAUCACACGAAUUGGAAAAUCAAAUCACGCAUCGGCGGUAGGUAGUCUAUGAUUCAUCUUUUGAAUAUUCCAAAUUUGAUAUCCAUAAGCAAUUUCCUGCGCGGCCUUUGUAGAAGCAAGUGAUGAAGAUGUGAUAGCGAGUUUAUAUAAGUGCCAUGAGGGCGAUGGCGGUGAAACAGCACUUAUAAAGAUGGUCGCAUUCCUUUAAGGAAGCUUCGUUACGAUUAUUUACUCUCGUAACUUUUUUACAGCAUGCCAAUUUUUCUGAACUCUUAGUGAGUUGUUAAGGAAUAGAAAAAAAAUCGUUGUCAAGUGUAUCCGUCCUCUAAAAGUAAAAGUCGCUUCAGCAAAUUUCCUGUCGUAGUCGUGUAGUGACUACGAAGAAUAGCACCAGAGAGUGUGAUGCAAGAGCUCCCUACUGAUUUUUUGAAGCUGUCUUUGCUGUUACCGUUGCGGUUUCUUAAACAUAUGUCACGCCGUCACAUGGUUUCGAAUCUCCUUCUGGGGGCUUUCCCUUUUCCCUCACUUCAGUUUCCAGCCUUAAAUUUUUCUUAUCUCUGGUUUAUCUCAAUAUGAGAAGUGCUUGUAUCACGAUGAUCAGUGACUUUCAGACGUUGAAAGGGUUCGUCUAACACGUAUAGGAUAAUUUGAAGUUAGAUUAGAAUUUUAAAACCGAUACUUGAACAGAACAGCUAAGAGUAGUUUAGUAAAAACUGUCUGGCUUGUGCUUUUAUAUUUUGCGAUUUUCUACAAAGAAAUCUAAUAACUCCAUGUCUUUAAAAAAAAAACCCUAUAAUUUGCCGUAUCUUAGUCUAAUGUUUAUCACUGUUAACCAUGAAUUGGGUUAUAAAUUUAUAACCCCCGCCUAUUACGACAUGUGCAAGUUUUUAUGUCAGUUCUCUUUUUUUCUCUCUCUCUCCUUUCUCAGCUAUAUGAAGACUAUUUUUCAAGACAUUUGUUCAAGCUCUUCAGUGACUCCUGAAUCUAUUAAGAACUUGAUGGACUCUUUGACAACGUUUGCACCUGGUUAACACGAACAAUCAGUUACUCCUGUAAUUUUAACUUAUAGAAAUAGAGAAGCCCUUUAGACAGUAUUUAGUUAUCAAGGUUCAUUGAAUAUGAGUGAGUAAAAGCAAUGUACAGUAGUAUCCCGAUUUCUCGAACACUCGGUUUUCGAAAUUCCCGAUAACUCGAACCAAACCGGACGUCCAUUUACCACUCAAACGCUGAAAUCUUACCCCAGAUUUUUCAAGCCUGCUGAUACUUUGAACCUCGUACUCGCUUUUCCCCUGGUGGUUCGAAAAAUAAAUAAUGUCGCGAGGAUAGGGUCAGUGCACUCAGUCAUUAAAAUACUCUAAACGUUUCUUGUCUGAUGGGUGCAUUGCACUCCCGAACCCCUUCCCUCUCCUCCCUGGAUCCGCCACUGAGUGUCUAGCACGUAAAUACACGCAGAUACUCGCAUACAAAACACACAGAUAAUGUUAGUAUUAUCGUAGUACCUGGGAG